AACUAUAUAAGCAAGGUGUCCCAGCCAGUCUAGGCGUGAGUUUCCGAAGAAACACACGGAGGCAAAAGCUGACACGAAGGAAGCUUCUCAGGGAUAUCCUGAACUUCUGAACUCCAGAGUGCGCAGCACUGAAAGAAUUUCAAAGAAACAAGAUGUCUGCACCAAAGGGAAUUUCCAUUGGCAUUGAUCUGGGCACCACCUAUUCAUGUGUUGGGGUUUUCCAGCAUGGCAAAGUAGAGAUCAUUGCCAACGAUCAGGGCAAUAGGACCACUCCCAGCUACGUGGCCUUUACUGACACAGAAAGGCUCAUUGGAGAUGCUGCCAAGAACCAAGUUGCAAUGAACCCCAACAACACAAUCUUUGAUGCCAAACGGCUGAUUGGAAGAAAGUUUAAUGACCCAAUUGUCCAGUCUGACAUGAAACUCUGGCCUUUCAAGGUGAUCAGUGAUAAUGGAAAGCCCAAAGUCCAGGUGGAGUACAAAGGGGAGACCAAGGCGUUCUAUCCUGAGGAAAUUUCUUCCAUGGUCCUGGUUAAAAUGAAGGAGAUAGCUGAGGCCUAUCUGGGGCAGAGGGUGUCAAAUGCAGUCAUCACAGUGCCAGCUUAUUUCAAUGACUCACAGAGACAAGCCACCAAGGAUGCUGGGGUGAUCUCUGGACUAAAUGUUCUGAGGAUCAUCAAUGAGCCCACAGCAGCAGCCAUUGCCUACGGCCUGGAUAAAGGUAAAAGAGGAGAACGCAAUAUACUGAUCUUUGAUCUUGGUGGAGGCACCUUUGACGUGUCAAUCUUGACCAUUGAGGAUGGCAUCUUUGAGGUAAAAUCCACUUCAGGAGACACACACCUUGGUGGGGAGGACUUUGACAACCGAAUGGUCAACCACUUUGUAGAAGAAUUUAAAAGAAAACACAAGAAGGACAUCAGCCAGAAUAAGAGAGCAGUGAGGAGACUGCGUACAGCUUGUGAGAGAGCAAAGAGGACCUUGUCCUCCAGCACUCAGGCAAGCAUUGAGAUUGACUCUCUCUUUGAGGGAAUUGAUUUUUACACCUCAAUCACAAGGGCGCGUUUUGAGGAGCUCAAUUCAGAUCUUUUCAGGGGAACACUGGAUCCAGUUGAGAAAGCCUUGCAGGAUGCCAAGCUGGAUAAAUCCAGGAUUCAUGAAAUUGUGCUGGUUGGUGGCUCUACAAGAAUUCCCAAAAUCCAGAAGCUCUUACAGGACUUUUUUAAUGGCAAAGAGCUGAACAAGAGCAUCAACCCAGAUGAAGCUGUGGCCUAUGGUGCAGCAGUACAAGCUGCCAUCCUCAUGGGUGACACUUCAGAGAAUGUCCAAGAUUUGCUGCUGCUGGAUGUGGCUCCCCUGUCUCUGGGUAUUGAAACCGCAGGCGGUGUUAUGACACCUCUGAUUAAGCGAAACACCACAAUCCCCACCAAGCAGACUCAGAUCUUCUCCACAUACUCAGAUAACCAGCCAGGUGUACUGAUUCAGGUAUAUGAAGGCGAGAGAGCCAUGACCAAAGACAACAACCUUCUGGGCAAGUUUGACCUCACAGGUAUCCCUCCUGCUCCCCGGGGUGUUCCACAGAUAGAAGUAACUUUCGACAUCGAUGCCAACGGCAUUCUAAAUGUAUCUGCCGUCGACAAAAGCACUGGCAAAGAAAACAAAAUCACCAUCACCAACGACAAGGGCCGCCUUAGCAAAGAAGAGAUUGAACGGAUGGUACAGGAUGCUGAAAAGUACAAAGUUGACGAUGACUUGCAGAGAGAGAAGAUUGCAGCAAAGAACUCGCUGGAGUCCUAUGCCUACCAGAUGAAGAGCAGCGUCGAGGACGAGAAUAUGAAAGGUAAAAUUAGCGAGGAGGAUAAAAAGAUGGUCAUUGACAAAUGCAACCAGACGAUUUCCUGGCUGGAGAACAACCAGCUCGCAGAGAAAGAUGAGUAUGAGCACCAGCAGAAAGAACUAGAGAAGGUGUGCAGACCAAUUGUGACAAAGUUGUACCAGGGAGCAGCACCGCCAGGAAGCUGCGGCAGCCAGGCAGGAGGAACCUCCCAGGGCCCCACCAUUGAGGAAGUGGACUAAAACCAUGGACCUCAGCACUUAAUGUUUAUGGGAAAAUGUAUCAGUUAUUUAGUUAAUAAAAAAAAAAGGUUUCCACUGUUUUUUGAUUUUCUAAAAAUAAACAAUAAAAAUACAA